AUGGAGGACUACAGAGACAGCCGCAGCUCAACUGCCCAGGAAUCAGACGUGGAUAUUCCGCUGGAGGAGAAGGAAUCACUCCUGAGUCGCGUCAUGGUACAGAGAGGAAAAUCUUCUAGGCCUGUAUUGAAGGGUAUCUUGUUUGGUUUGCUCAUCGCAGUUUUGGCUGUGUCCAAUGUGAUCCUCGGUGCGGUAGUUCUGGGUCAACAGCAGAACAGCCACAAGUCCUCUGGCAAGACGCAUGCCACACUUGGGCACCCUCCCCACCACCCCCACGAACACGACAAGAAGAUACCAGUGCCGCUCGGUGGUUUGCCUCAUGUUGACGCACAUCCAGACUGGCUACCGCCAGAAGAGUGGCGCACUGAAGUGUUCCGCCUACAUCAGAUCUAUGGAGAAGAACCGGUCGGCACGGCAAAGGAAGCCUGGCUCUCUAUGAUCCCAAAGGGAAAAGGGUUCAUUGUGGUGAAGAAUGACACCGAGCUCUCCAACAUGCCUGGACUUCGCCGCCCGGCCCAGCAGCAGAAGGCUUGUGUGGCAAUAUUUCAUCAAAUGCAUUGUCUGUACAUUACCUACAAGGCAUACUGGAACGCUCGCGCUGGCGACGACGAUGAAAUCCCACCCGAGCACCUCAUUCACUGCUGGGACUACUUGAGACAGAGCAUCAUGUGCGCUGGUGACACGUCUUUGGAAUGGGUUAAUGAAGAGGAGACUUUUCAGACGUCAGGCUGGGGCUUUCAGCAUACUUGCAAGAAUUUUGAUGCAAUAUUCGAGUGGACGGAGACGAACCGCUUCACGGAGAAGGUGGAAAUUGACUAG